AUGGAAAGCAAUGAGCUUUGCGCUUGUGAACCCUUUCCUAAUGGACUGUCCGAUGACUUGCAUUACAACAGCAAAUUACGAUUGUCUUAUCUGAUACAAGCUGCAACGUCGCAAACGGAGUUGUCAAAAUAUAAUCAAGUCAAAUUCAGAAUAUGGGACAACGCGUUACAGAGGAUGGCCAAGCAUAUUGGAAAGCUGCUCGGUGAUAGAUAUCUUGCAGGUAUCUGGAAAAACAGCAGCAACAUGUUUCAACUUGCUUGGCAUUGUACAUGGGAAUUGAGCUCUCGGCUAGAUUACAGAGCUCCAACAUGGUCUUGGGUAUCAGUGGAUAGCUAUAGUGCGGUGCAGGCUGCAUGUCCAGAAGACUCCGAUCGAAUUGAUAAAUCCGGCGAACACUUCUAUUGUAGUUCUUUCUCGAAAAUCAUUGAUGAACAAGUAUAUCUCGCCGGCGACGGCAUAUUCAGUUACGUUAAGGAUGGGUAUAUUACGGUGGAGGGGCCUUUAAACUAUAUAUUGAUACGUUCUGGGAUGGGCUAUCUUGACGAAAUCGAGAUGAAGAUAAACUUUGAUGUUUUGUUUGAUGUUCCUGAGGAUUUGUAA